AUGGCACUUCGUUCAACACAAGGCGAGAACAUGCACGGUGCUGAUUUGGACGAAGCCGCUCGCCUUAAACAGUACAAAAAUGUUGCUAGACAUGAAGAUAUGCGUCGUCGUCGUAAUGAGUCUAGCGUAGAGAUUCGUAAGCAAAAGGGUGCAGAUCUGAUGAUGAAACGUCGAAAUCAG